AUGAUAGGAGUAAAUCAUGAUUUUCUAUCUGGAAAUUUUUUGGGAUACCCUUUAGAAGAAAACAAUACAAUAAGCUACAAAAAUCUUCGAUUAAAUAAAAAAAAGGGAAAUUUGAAGACGCCUAAUUAUCAUGAAGAUUAUUUAAUCGAAUUAAAUGAGCUAAAAGAAUAUAAAAGAUUAGCAUCCCAAAAAAUAAAAAAAUAUGAAGAUUGUGUAUAUUCAUAUAAAAAUCAAAUUAGGAAUUUAAAGAGCAACGCCGGACAAGCAAAGAAUAUAAAUGUACAACUAAUAGAUGUUUUUAUUAAUGCUAUUUGUGAUAUAAUAGAACACAUAUGUUUGAAUAUUCAUAAACCAGUCUUACAUUCUCUUCCGUUAAUUCACACGAUAUUGACUUCUAUUUCAAUUAGGGAUAAGAAAAUAUACCAAUGUACAAAACUAAUUCACAUAAUAUUAACCAAAUUAAAUAGUAAACAUGUAGUUAGAUAUAAUGGAUCUGGUAUUAAGGAGGAAGAAAACGAACAGAUUGGAUUAACUUCUCAUAAAUUACAAGAUUUAGAGUGGUUAAGUUCUGAAACAAAUGAUAAAGGAUGGUUAGCUAUUGUUGACAGAUGGGAAUUGUGUAAAAGAGACUUAAAAUGGCUAUGUGUAAAAACAAACAAUAGAUCAUGGUUAUUAUACCGUCAUUUAUGGGAAAAAAGUUCUAAUGAUUUAAAAUAUAUAGCAGUAUUAUUUGAUGAUAAAACAUGGUUACAUUUAUGUAAUAUAUGGAAUUCGGUUCCUUUAAGUAUAAAAUUAAAAGCUAUUUCAUUAAAGGAUCCAAGCAUUUGCCAACCUACAUUAAAAGAAAUUAUAUUAAAUGAUGAUGAUGUCUAUAAAAAUAAUACUAUAUCUGCGCUAUCCAAAAUAUUAAAUAUUACAAAUUUAGAAAAUAGUUAUUUAAUAUCUCAAUCAAAUCAUAGAGAAAGUAAUAAUAGUCCAAGAUACAUUGAUCAUACGUACAAGCAAUUUACGGGAAAAAAUAAUUUGGAAAUAUUUCCUGAAAAAGUUCAAAUAAUUAAAGGAGGUAUAUUGGAGGAGUUAUUAUUAGAUAACAUAAAUGAAAUAGACAAGACAAAUUGUAAAGAAGAUUUUCACAGGAAUAGUGUAACCACAGCUGAAAAAAUGAGCGAGAGGAAACAAAUAGAUGAAAGUAACGAUUCUAAAGAAGAAAAAUAUGAUGACAAAAAGAUACAAAAGGAAAACGGUGAUCCCAUAGAAAAAAAUAAUUUUAUAACCCCAUUAAAAGAUGUACCAAAAUCUUUUGUAAAAUCGAAGAAUAUUGAAAAUAGUGGCUACAUAAGAAAAAAAAAUUAUGUUCCAUUAAAAUUUAUAGAGAAAUAUAAAAAUAAAAAUCCAUUAGAACAAAAAUUAUUUACAAAAAAAUCGGAAACAAAUGUUAUUUUGAAUAAUAAAAAUGAUUUAACCUGUGAAAAUACUAUAGGAAAAAUUACUAAAAUGAAUAAAUCUAAAAGUGGUUUGAAUUCCAAAUUAAUUUUAAAAAAAAGUAGUGAAACAAAUAUUUAUAAGAAUGACAUAUCAGUAAAGGCUGAUGUAGAUAAAGAUGUGAUGAAAAUAGAAAGUUUAGAUAAACAAGAUAUAAGCAUAAAUAAAACAAUUGGGGAAACUGUUACCGAAAAAAUAACAGAAGAAAAUAAUAAUAUAAUUUCUGAGGUUGUAAAAAAUAAUAGAAUGAAAACAAGUGUAAAACCAUUAGGGAAAAAUAUAUCAAAAAAAUUUAUUACAGAAUUAAAAGCGGUUAAUGUGAAUGAUAUAUCUUUGAUAGAAAAAAAAAAUGUAAAUUUUUCAAAAUUAGAAAAAAUCGUCAAAAAACCAGCUCUAUUUUCAGUAAAAAAUUUAAUAAAAGUGAAAGAAAAAAUUUUUGAAAAAAAAAAUAUUUCAUUGAAAAAAGAAAACCUGGAGAAAAAUAAAUGUUCACCGGAGGGGAACUGUUCAGAAAAUCCAGACACAACUCAUAACAAUAUAAAUACACAAGUAUCGAAUACUAGUUUAAGUGAAAAAUGUGGCGAGAAAAAAGGUGAGAAUGAAUUUAAAACUAGCCAGGAAAAAAAAAAGGAAAAUCCGAUGAUAUACAAAUUAUUAAAAUUAAAAGAACAAAAUGGAAAGAAAAGUUCUAUCAUGCUAAAAAAAAAUACCAACCAUCAGUCAAAUGAAACAAAUGGGACAAGUAAAGAACGUAAGGAUUUGAAUGAAAAUGAUACUCAAAACAAAGCAGUAAAAGAUACGAAGCGUGCAGGUAAUUCACAAAGGAUAAAAAGCUCAGAUAGUGUAGGUAACUCACAAAGGGUAAAACGCUCAGACAGUGUAGGUAACUCACAAAGGGUAAAAAACUCAGACAGUGUAGGUAACUCACAAAGGGUAAAAAACUCAGACAGUGUAGGUAACUCACAAAGAGUAAAAAGCUCAGAUAGUGUAGGUAACUCACAAAGAGUAAAAAGCUCAGAUAGUGUAGGUAACUCACAAAGAGUAAAAAGCUCAGAUAGUGUAGGUAACUCACGAAGGGUAAAAAGCUCAGAUAGUGUAGGUAGUAUAAUCAGUAUAGAUAAUGAUAAAAAACAAGAUGACAGUUCAGAAGACGAAGUUGAUACUACAUGUAAAAAUGAAGAGACUGCUAAACAAGAUGUCCCCAAUCAUGUAACCAAUUACAUUACAGAUUUAUUCAAUGCAUUCAAUUUUGUGAACACUAAAGUGUUAAGCAAAGUAUCAAAGGAACUUCAUAAUAUUGAAAAGGAAAAUGAAGAAAAUAAAACAAAUGUCAAGGAAGAAAAUAAAGAAGAUAGUGGAAAGAGUCAUAAAAAUUCAUGGACAAGCGAUAAUAGUUCUGAAGAAGAUAGUACAUAUUCAAAGGAAGAUGAUAUAUAUAAUAAAAAAGAAUUUAGUAAAAAAAUAAAAUCUGUUGAAUACAAAAAGAGUAGUAUAAGUGAAGUAAAAGAUGUAGUGCAUUUUAAUGAAAAGAUAAAAAGCAGGGGUUGGGUAGAAACAAAAAAAAGUACCAGCGUUGCAUUUGAAAAUAUUCAUAAUGACAUAAAUAAUGAAGAAAAAUGGGUAAAAGCAAAACGCAAUAUAACCUUAAGAACCGCAAAAUAUAAUACUGAUUCUAUAAAAGAUAAAUUUUUACGAAAAAUUAAUAGGUCUUUUGAUGUGGAACACAAAUUAUAUAAAAAAUUGUCAGAGAGUAAAUUAGAAGAUAAUAAUAAAGCAAGUUAUAUAAAUGAAUUAGGAAAAAAUAAAAAUUCUAAUAUAUUAUUAACACAUGAAAAAAUAAAUAUAAUAGUUAAAGGCUUAAACGUAAAACGUGAAAAACCAAAGCUUCCAUUUUUAGGAAAAAAAAUAAAUAAUAUUGAAAAAAAAAGCUAA